AUUUUCGAUCCAUUAUUUUCGCCGUCGGAGGGUGGUGAGCGAGUUUUAUCUCGUGAACGCGUGGUAAAUCGCUUUGCGCGCAAAUUAAAAAUACCUACGGCGAUGGGUUCCUCAAUAUAUUUUUUAUAAUGUUUCUUAUUAUUCCAUUAUUAGUGUAAUAAAUUAUUAAUAAUUUAUUUUUCCAAAUUAUUUCGUUUCCCGGUUCAGAAUGGAGAGCAACAACGAUAAUAAGAAAGUUUAUAAAUUAGUACUUACAGGGGGGCCAUGUGGCGGUAAAACUACGGGACAAUCUCGCCUCUGCACGUUUUUCGAAAAUUUGGGAUGGAAGGUAUUCCGCGUGCCUGAGACGGCCUCCGUGCUGCUCAGUGGUGGAAUCAAAUUCAGCGAUCUCAACGACGAACAAGUAUAUCAAUUCCAAGAAAAUUUGCUGAAAACGAUGCUGCAGAUCGAGGACACCUACUUCGCGCUGGCGAACACGUGCAGCCGAAAUUGUCUAAUCAUAUGCGAUCGGGGUGCGAUGGAUCCUUCGGCUUUCGUAUCGAAGGAGACGUGGGAACGGAUGAUGCGUGAGAAUAACUGGAACAAUGUGGAACUGAGAGACAAUAGGUACAAUCAGAUAGUUCAUAUGGUUACAGCAGCUAGAGGCGCGGAAGAUUUCUAUUCGACUGAGGAUCACGCCUGUCGUUCCGAGGGCGUCGACUCCGCGCGCGAGUUGGACCAACACGCCGCCGCCGCCUGGGUCGGCCACCCCUACUUUGAUGUGAUAGACAAUUCGACCGAUUUUGAAGGGAAGAUGAGGCGCAUGAUCGGUUCCGUAUGUCAAAGAUUGGGCAUUGAUACCGGGGAUCGACUGCUCACCAACUCGAGGAAACUCAAAUUUUUGGUUGGCGGACCGUUACCGGAGGACUCGAUAUUUCCGUCCUUUCAGGACUUUGAAGUCGUCCACAACUACCUGCAGUCGGAGCCGCCGAACCAAGUGCGUCUACGGAAAAGGGGACAGGCAGGUCACUUCAGUUAUAUACAUACUGUAAGGCGGCCAUUGAAAUUGGGACAGGUCGUUGAAGUUAAAACUCAACUAACUCACCGCGACUAUAUCAAUCUUCUGGCACAGAAAGACAGUUCACACUUUACGAUUUACAAGAAAAGGAGAUGCUUUCUCGUUAACAAUCAAUAUUUCCAACUCGACAUUUAUCAAUCGCCCAGCCAUCCCAGGUGUAAGGGUUUGAUGUUACUCGAGACUUACACAGCCUUAAACGAGAGCAUUUUGUGCGAACGCUUACCAGUAUUUUUGAAGAUCGAAAAGGAGGUUACCGGAAAUCCGCAUUAUUCUAUGUUUAACUUAUCACUACGUGAAGAUUGGAAGAAUUCGAAAAAAUUCUGCGGCUCAAUCGCAGGACCAAACGACGCCCAAAAGUAUUUUAUAAAACAAAACGGCCACAUUACCGAAGAUCCGAAAAGAGAGAAAAUAAAUGGUCACGCCAAUGAUAUGGAGGGAAACAACACACUAACCAACGGUCACUAAUAGUGUGGCAAAUUUUUUAGUUUGUUGUACUUUUUAUUUUAUUGUGAUUUAAUAAUGUAGUUACAUUUACUGAAUGUACUUACUUAUAACAGGCUGAGUUCGCUCGUUAACUGAUGUACUGAUGGGGCAUUUUUUACUUAAUAGCGACAUGGACUUUGGUCAAGUUUGCAUUAAACACCAAAGCACUCGAGGACAACUCAGCCCGCCUGAUUCUUAUUUCCAAUAAUUCUUUGUUUUUUAGUAACGUAGAUUUGUGUAAAUAGGGUUAAACAUAGACUAUACAUAAAUAAUUAUUUUUCUGUAAUCAAGAUGUUUUAAAAAGUAGAUCAUUUUUAGACAUCAUUAGUGCACAGAGUCAGAGGAGUUACAGUAUUUUUCAAUUGUAUUUAAUAAUUUAAUUUAAUUUAUUGCGAAUUGGUAAGUUAUUUAACGCCACACGUGAAGUACCUGGGUAAAGAUUUGUGCCUGUAAUUGAAUUCAACUGUAACAUUACUUAUUUAAGUAAGUGAUGACAAAUCAGUUUUUCUUUAUUUGUUAAGAAAUACUUAUAAGCAAUUUUUGAAAUAUUGUUUCGGUGUGAUACUGAUAAAAUAAAAUUUCGACACGUCUCACUU